UCAGUGAUCCAGUCUCAUUCCGCAUUCAAAGAAUACUACUUAUUGAUACACUUCUUGUCGGAAUUGGGAAUUUCAAAUUCUUGACCUGAAUCAACAACUACCCGAACAAUGGCGCCAACGGUUUCGAUACUCCUCAGAAGAGGCGAGCUUCUGCCCUACAAAGGUGAUUUCUACCUUUGGAAAUAUGUACCUUCCAUGGCAGCUGCGGUCAUAUUCCUUAUCCUAUUUCUGAUUGCAUCGGCAAUGCACACAUGGAAAAUGUACCGACAGCGCAUGUGGUUCUGCGUCUGCUUUGUUAUUGGUGGCUAUCUGGAAGUCAUUGGGUAUGGUGGACGCAUAGGUGCCAACAACGCAACCGACCAACUCGGACCGUACAUCAUUCAAUCCGUCUUCUUACUCGUUCCUCCUUCCCUUUUCGCCGCUUCGAUCUACAUGACUCUGGGUCGUGUGAUGCGUGGCCUCGGCCCAGAAGCUGAACGUCUAUCAAUCGUCCGCGUAAACUGGCUCACAAAGACCUUUGUGAUCGGAGAUGCGUUUGCCUUCCUAGUACAAGCCAGUGGCGCAGGAUACAUGGCAGCGGGUACGAGUGCUAAGACAGGCGAGAUCAUCGUCAUCUUCGGUCUUGUCGUUCAGAUUGUCUUCUUUGGUCUUUUCGUUGUGGCUGCCAUUGUCUUUCACAAGCGAUAUAAUGCCAGGCUUGGAACAUUCUCCCCCUUUGACUGGGGCAAGAUUAUGAAGAUGCUGUACAUCACCUCCGCACUGAUCCUUAUUCGAUGUAUUUUUCGUAUCAUUGAGUACGGUGGUGGCUCUAACGGCUAUUUACUCCGGAACGAGUGGCCACUAUACAUUUUCGACUCCAUCCUCAUGUUGGCUGUCAUGGUUGUCUUCUAUAUCUGGUACCCCAAUGAGUUACAGAAAAAGUAG